AUGAAUUUCAAUUUUUAAAGAAGAGAAUGUUUUAGCUACCAUAACUUCAGAAAACAUCACAAUCUCUGGCUUAGUUAUUAAUAAAUGUCACUUUGCAGCCAAAUUGUUAUCAUACAGAUUACAUGUAAAGUUCUGCAAUAGCUAUUUCAAUUUCACUUUUUUGAUUUUUUAAUAAUGCCCAGCUAUCUGAGAGAGUCAGAACAGUAUAUAUCAGGGGUGAAAUGCUCCUGGAUCAGAUCGGAUUGCACAAUCCAGUAGCAAUCGUGGCUGGUAGUUCGGUGAUCCAGUAGCGAUGGCGGAGCAAAGCUCCGCCCACUCGCCCAGGGCAUCAUUACGUUCUGGUUUUUACCUUCUGCGCAUGCACAGGUCUGCACGCGCAUGUGACACAAGGGAGUAAAGCGAGUGACUGCGUGUGAGGCGCAUGCACUUCCAACCCGAUAAGGAGGGCAAGUAGAUUUCAUCCCAGUAUAUACCGGGAAAGGAAAAGCAGAUUAAUCAAUCAAAUUUCCAUUCAAAAUGACUGGGAAUUGUGACCUUUGUGAUCCAAGCAUGCUGAAGAAUAUAAAACUGAGGAAAACUUUUCUAGGUGCUGUAAGAAAUUUACCCUAUGAUUAGAAGUUUUUCUCUUUUUGUAGCAAAGCUGGAGGUGAGCAGUAUUGAGAUUUGAAGUAGGAAGAGGCUCUAAUCUGUAGUAGUGUCCUUGCUGUACAUUGUUAGCUCUUAUUUUCCUGAAGCCGCACAGACAUAUUGAGGCCCAACUUUUUUAGGAAGCCACCAACAGUGACUGUAUCCAUACUGGAUCUGGAGUAUCAUUCCUAUAUUAUCCGAAUGCUGCGCAGAACCUUUUACAAAUUUCAAAAGGCUGUUUUCAGUUUAGGUCAGAGGUAAUUGUGACCUGGUAUCUACAUCUACUGACAUCACUCCACUGCACUCAGAGUGAAGUUUUCAAGCCAAGAGAAUAUAGGCUUUUACCAUCAUCCUCAACUUCAGACAACCUUGACCCAGCUCAAAACAUGAAGAUGCAGUUUACAGAAAAGAACCACAACAGUUUUAUGGUACAGGCCCUUAACAAACAAAGAAAGAACAAGGAAUUUUGUGAUGUGGCUCUCAGCGUGGACCAGACCGUCUUCUAUGCCCACCUCAAUGUCUUAGCAGCGAUGUCUUCCCAUAUAAGGAGUUUGAUAUCCAGCAAUGAUAUGAAAGCAGAUGAUGAACUCUUUAUUAUCAUUGAUGCGAAAUUCAUGAGCCCGACCUUAAUGGAGGAAUUGCUUGAUUAUUUCUAUACUGGGAGGAUUGUGAUUUCAGAGAAGAAUGUGGAGGAAGUGCUGAAGGGAGCCAAGUACUUCAGUUCCCAAACUUUAAGAAGUCACUGCUCUGAUUUCCUCCUCCGGUCCCUCAAAAUGGAGAACUGCCUCCAGUACAUUCUGAUAGCCACUACAUAUGACCUGAAGGACAUAAGGAAUGCUGCCUAUGAUGGGAUACGAGACAACUUUCAUUAUUGGGUAGGGCCUCAGGGCAUAUCAGAAUUUAUGCAAUGCCCUUAUCAUGUCUUCAGCAAACUGCUUAAAGAGGAGAAUCUUCAUGUGCAAAAUGAAGAUCAGAUCUUUCUCGCUCUCCUUCAGUGGAUUAAAUAUAAAAAGAAUGAAAGGGAGAAGCAUUUUAAAAAGUGCUUUGCCUAUAUACGUUUAACAGCAGUUUCUACCAAGACACUACUCGCAGCUUGUCGGGAAGUGUUGCUCUUUGCAGAUCACACUGGACCUCUGUCCCGGAUAGAAGCUGUGUUGAGUGAACGUAAACAAGGAAAUCCUCAAAGUUUGAUGCUUCACCAAAGGAAGGGGGCACUAGUGGACUCAGUAGUAAUCUUAGGGGGACAAAAAGAACAGGGUAAAUUCAACAAUGAAGUGUUUGCAUAUGUAAUUGGAGAGAAUAUCUGGAUGAAACUCACAGAAAUGCCUUACAGAGCAGCCGCACUCAGUGCAGCCUCACUAGGGAAAUUCAUUUAUGUCUCUGGAGGAACUACUGAGCAGAUCUCUGGACUGAAGACGGCCUGGAAGUAUGAUAUGGAUACCAACACAUGGAUCAAACUUCCAGAUCUACCAGUUGGUCUUGUUUUCCAUACCAUGGUGUCUUGUGGAGGCGCAGUGUACUCUGUAGGAGGUAGCACAGCCCCACGAAGGUACAUUUCCAGUAUCUACAAGUACGACGAAGGCAAAGAGAAAUGGACUCUUGCUGGGAAGAUGAGUAUACCUAUGGAUGCAACUGCACUGAUCACCAAGGGAGACAAGACUAUUUACAUUGUGACAGGGAGAUGUCUGGUAAAUGGGCGCUUCUCACGAGUAGGUGUGCUGGACUGCUUUGACACGGAGACCCGGAAUGUGGUUCAGUAUAUCACUUUUCCCAUUCAGUUCAACCACAAGCCCUUGUUGUCUUUUCCACAUGACAACAUUUUGAGUAUACAGAGCCACAAAGAGAGCAUGGAAAUAAAUCUGCAGAAGAUUAAAGUUAGCAAAACCUCAAGCCUUGUGCCUCUGCUGCCACAUAACUAUAGUUUGGAUCUGUCACAUGCAGUGUGUUCUAUUGGGAAUAACAAAGUGUUUGUAUGUGGUGGACUUAUUUGUCCAGGUGACAAACGUCCAGAGGAGUAUUCUAUCAAUCGGCAAGCUUAUAUGUUAGACCAAAGCACUGGGGAAUGGAGGACUUUAGCUGAGCCACCAGAAGCUCUUGAUUGUCCUGCUUGCUGCAUGGCUAAGUUGCCAUGCAAGGUCCUCCAAAAAACUGUACUCAAUUAAUUUGUGAAACCAAAAUGAAACAAUCUGUAGCAAUAAAGAAUGACUGAAAUGCAGUUUACAGAUACAUAGAUGGACAUUUCCUUUUGUCCCUUUAUCAUAUACGUAAUGUAAUUAGGAUGAGAAUAUAAGGAGGGGGAUAUGGCACUUAUCAAGGGGUUAGAGGCACAAAAUAAUCAGCUAGAGAUCAUAUGCAAUACUAAUAUAAUAGUUAACAUGUUUCAUUCUGUGAUUUUUAUGUUAAAUAUUUAAACGUAUUUUAAAACAGUGGAUAAAAACCUAGAUACCAGCUUGUUCAGACACAAGAGGCCAGGCUUCUCGCUUGACCUACAACUGCAGCCUAGCAAGCAAAGCAUUGCAUAGUUCAUCUAAAACUAAAAUUGCACAGCAGUAACCCGUGCACAUUUUUAUGCCCUAACCUAUGAGAAGAAUCUUAAGAUUUUGGAAUUGCUGCAGUGGCAACUUCUAAAGUCCACAAACAUUCUUCACUAUUUUGUUACAGGUUCAAAGAGGAAUAGCAAUAAUAGUUAACUAUUUCUAAAGGUGUUAUCAUUUAGAUUUACAUAUUCUCAAGCACUAAGACUCCUAUGUUCUGUAUGGAAAUAAAAAUGGUCAUCCUCUCUUUUCCUAACAAGGAUUUAAAAGAAGAAUGUAAUGUUAGGGGUUCUGCUACCGAGUUAUCAGAGCUGUUCAGAAAAAUAAUAAAAAUCAACAACAGUGGGAAACAUUUUGCUAUCCAGAUAUGGUUUACCUAUGUAGCUUCCAGUGUCCCAACCAACAUUGCCCCUGGUUAAGAAAUCCUGGGAGCUGAAUUCAGCAGCAUUUAAAAAGUUAUUCAUUUUUCAUCCUCGUUAUGCCCUGCUCUCAAUUCUAUGUUUGUUACAAAAUAUAUACAGUAUUUUUAAAUAACAGUAAAACCUGAGGUCAAUUUUCUUUAUUUAGCAAUCUGUUUUCCUGCACACAUUGCCUUUGCAACCAAAGAAAACAAUUGGUUCAUAGUAAUUGUCUUUCACAAAGAAGAUUUGGAGAAUAGAGGAGCCAUUUUUUCAAGAGGAGGCACUUGGAAUUAAAGCUGUUGCUAUUGUUGCAAUAAAUAAUUGUUAUUUGACAGUAGCAUUGAGUUGGUCCUGAGGUAAUAGCAGAGUAGACAAAGAAGUUUGUAAAUCAAUAAAUAUAUGUAAAGAGUAUAAGUUAUCUUUCAUCAAAUUCCUUGUCUAAAGUUAUGUAAGACAAAUGAAUAGAAUAGAAUAGAACAGAAUUUUAUUGGCCAAGUGUGAUUGGACACACAAGGAAUUCUAAAUGAUCCUUUCCUUUCCUUUCCUUUCCUUUCCUUUCCUUUCCUUUCCUUUCCCCUUCCCUUUCCUUUCCUUAUCACUUUUAGAAAAUACAGCUUAGUGUGAAAGAUCAAAGUAGAGAGAACUGCAUUUUAAUGUAGGCCACAGAGGUAGUGUGUGCGUGUAUGUGUGUGUGUACCAUGCUAAAUCUUUUUACACAAUGGCUAUGUUUAAAUAACACUAUUAAUUGAAUCAUGGUUACUCACCCCAUUUGGGGGGGUUGUAAUUCAUACUGGACCAUAAAACCAAGUUGGUUAACUAGUUUGUGGCUUAGUAUGUUGAACAAUUCUAGCUUUGUGACUCUCCAAAAAAGCUGGUAUUGACCUCUGUGAUCUUAAAAAAAUAGGAAAUCUCUGUCAUUUGACUAAUGAUUGCUCAAUUAUUUCUAGAUAAUAGAGUGGAGAACUGAAGCUGUAUUUCUUUGAAGAAAGAAGAAAUGAAAAUUUGUUACAAGAACUUGUUAAGAAGUUAUAGUGAGCUGUACUCCCAAAGUUAAUAAUCUUCUAGGAUUACACUACAAAAAGGAUUGCCAUUUUUUUUACUGUUUCUAUGCUUUUAAUACCUGUUGGUAUACAAUAAUAUAGGAAGUGACUGUUUUAUAACGGAUAGAUGAUAUACUAUAAUGAAAUGAUAACUGAAGGAAGAUGCUAAGAAGGGCUAGCCAGUGUGAUAUUCCGCAUAGGCAUCUGCUGGGAGGGGGAAGUUAGAGUGAUGGCAAUAUAUAUCAGCCAACCCCAGCUUUCCAGUCUAGCCUACAGCCCUAGAAUUCCCUCAUAGUUUCCCAUUCAAGAACUAAACGUAUCCAAAGUUCUUUAGCUUCCAAACCCAGAAAAGGUCUAUCAAGAACUAUCAUCCGCUUUGGUAUCCAACUUAAAAAGCAGAUAUGAUUUGCUAUACAUAACUUAAAAUACUAAUUUGCACUAAAAGGUAAGAUCUUCCUGCUCUAGGAAGAUAAGUUUGUAAAUUAUAACUUUAAAAACUAUACAAGUGAUUCCUGCAGUUACAAAUGGAUUCAGAAUAAAUAAAGGGCUUUCUAAAUCAAAUGUAAAGCAAAACAAGUGUGUUUAUCUGAAUACAAAGGCAACUUUCUAAUAUUCUGACAUUACCAAGUUUUGAACUGUAUUCUGGAGAACUAGAAAACGAUUAUCUCUGUAUGGACCUUUUCAUUAGAAUAAGCUUCACAAGGAAUAUCUCUAGAUUUUGUAGUAUUUGAAGUGCCUAAGUCCUCUUGCAAAAAAAGUUAAAGUUUCUGCUUGCGAUGAAAAACAAACUGGCCAGAUCCCAAAGGUGCUUUUUCAAGAGGCGACUGGAUUUUCUGGUUUUUCUUUGAAGACAUUUCGCUCUCAUCCAAGAAGGUUCUUCAGCUCUGACUGGAUGGUGGUGGGGAGUCAGAGCUGAAGAAGCUUCUCGGAUGGGAUGAGAAGCGAAGGAUCUUCAAGAACGUUCAGUUGCCUCUUGUAAAAGCACCUUUGGGACAACCAUGACCUGAAUGACUGAGAAUCUCCAUAGACAUUUAGCGAUAAACUGGUCAGAUGAACUGCCAUUUAUUAUAGAGCUGUGUGACUAAGUUACACAGAAACGUGUAAGAUCCACCAGAUUCUUAAUGGGCUAAGUUACUGCUACAGAGGCAUUCAUGUAAUUUUAGAUACUUUAGUUGUAAUUUUAUAUAUUAUCCCACUUUACAUAAAUUUUAAGACACAUUUUUGUAAUGUGAAUUGUAAUCACACUUCAUAUAAAUUCAGAUACCAUCUAACCCAUAUAUUCCUUUUAGACUUCACAGAUUCUAGCCAGAUUGUUUUACAGAUGUAUUUUAAGUUUGUCUCAAAUGUUCUUUACUGUCUCUUAAGAGCGAUUUAGAAGUACUCACAGAGAGCUCCUAAUACUUGUCUAUAAUAAACUGGCUGACUGGCCAGAGAGGAUUAGAAACCUUCUCCUUGUAGUAAUACAAGGAGAAGCUUAGGGCCUGGGUACUUAGGGCCUGGGUACUUACGGGACCGCCUGCUGUUACUGUAUGCCUCCCACCGACCCGUACGCUCUCACAGAGAGGGACUUCUCAGGGUGCCGUCCGCCAAGCAAUGUCGGCUGGCGGCCCCCAGGGGAAGGUCCUUUUCUGUGGGGGCUCCCACACUUUGGAACGAACUUCCCCCGGGCUUACGCCAAAUACCUGACCUUCGGACCUUCCGCCGCGAACUGAAGACACAUCUUUUCAUUCGCGCGGGGCUGGCUUAAAUUUUAAUUUUUAAAUUACAUAAAUUUUAUCGAUUUUAAAUUUUUUACUAAUUUUAAAUGGGGUUUUGGUUUUUAUAAAUUUUUAAAGUUCUAGGCUAAUUAUAAUAAGUUUUUUAACUUGCAUUUUAAAUUGUAUACUGUAGUGUCUGUAUUUUAUUGUUGCCUGUACACCGCCCUGAGUCCUUCGGGACAAGGGCGGUAUAAAAAUCAAAUAAAUAAUAAUAAUAAUAAUAAUAAUAAUAAUACUCGUUCUUUCUGUUACAGCAAAGCCACAAUUGCUUAGUGAUUUAAAUGCCAGGAAGUUACUAGGACCCAUUUUCAAGAGAAAGGUGCUCAAAAGAGCGUUUCCAUUUCCAGGGAACUCUGGCGCUCCUCCUUUCAUUGAAUGUACCGUAGACCAUUCACGUUAUAAAUCCGGUUUUUGCCUCAGUACUUCGUUUAAUAUGCCAACCGGGAAGUCCGCUUUACGGGGGGCGGGGGGGGAGAGCGUCCCACCCGCGAGCAGUUCCCCCCUCCUCCUCCUCC